UAGAAGAUUUGUAAAGCUGUUUAGGCUUACAAAACCUCUUGCUCGAGAGCUUUGUUAUGAGCUAGAGCCCAGACUGCCAGUAGCACAUCGUUCCAGUGCCAUUCCAAGUGACAUAAGAGUUCUGACAUCUCUUCGGUUCAUGGCCUCAGGAAGCUACCAGGAGUGUAUUGGCCAAAACAGAUACCUUGGAAUGUCGCAAUCAAGUGUGAGCAAUUGUUUGCACUCUGUUUGCGAUGCUAUGGAGCCAGUACUGAAGAACUAUAUUAAAUUUCCCUCUUCCCAAAGGGAAAUGGCUGAUAUUAACCAUGGAUUUUGGAAGAAGUAUCGCUUUCCUGGCACUAUUGAUGCUAUUGAUGGCACUCAUGUUGCCAUAACUUCUCCGCCCAAAAACGAUCCUGAGCAUCCAGAACAUAUUUAUCUUAACAGAAAGAAUUUCCAUUCUAUUAACACUCAGAUAAUAUCAGAUUCUGAAAGAAAGAUCUUGUCCAUUUGGGCAAGGUUCCCAGGAAGUAGCCACGACGCCGUUAUUUGGCAUCAAAGCCAUGUCAAACGUCACCUAACCCGCCUUUAUCAUCAGGGUUUAAGGAAUACGUGGUUAAUAGGUGAUGGUGAUAGCAGUGUCACGACGAAGUUGAACUAAAACUAAAGGCGACUAGUAAAGGUGAAAUUCGACCUUAUGGACCUUCGACAACGAUAACCAAAAUCGAGUGUACUAAUCAUUUGUUGAGGAAUCAUGUCAAGAAAUUGCAAAAGAUUGGGGAAGAAAAAUGGAACGAAGUUGGGCAUGUUUCCGGGUAACUGAAAAGUCAAAAUAUACCUUCCAAGGAUCAGGAGGAUGCUAUAGAGAAGAAUUGGAGAG